GUUGGUGAGGGAAUGUGCGGCUGCUGGGCUCGGGGCCUGGUGUCGGGCACUGCGGCGGCUGCACUCACCCACUCACUCACUCACUCACUCACCCCCAACCCCAGCGAGUCGGGGCCGGAGCUGCCGAGUAACCAGGGGCUGAAGUGUCAGCAGCAGCAGCGGCGGCGGCGCCGCGGUGACGAGAUGUUUAAGAGAAUGGCCGAGUUCGGUCCCGACUCCGGGGGGAGAGUGAAGGGUGUAACUAUAGUUAAACCAAUAGUCUAUGGGAAUGUUGCUCGUUAUUUUGGAAAGAAAAGAGAGGAAGACGGGCACACUCAUCAAUGGACAGUAUAUGUUAAACCAUACAGGAAUGAGGACAUGUCAGCAUAUGUAAAGAAAAUUCAAUUCAAACUACAUGAAAGUUAUGGUAAUCCUCUGAGAGUUGUCACAAAGCCACCAUAUGAAAUCACAGAAACUGGAUGGGGUGAAUUUGAAAUCAUAAUCAAAAUUUUCUUUAUAGAUCCAAAUGAAAGGCCGGUAACACUCUAUCACUUGCUGAAGCUCUUCCAAUCUGAUAGUAAUGUAAUGCUGGGUAAAAAGACGGUGGUUUCUGAAUUUUAUGAUGAAAUGAUAUUUCAAGACCCUACUGCAAUGAUGCAGCAACUACUGACAACAUCUCGGCAAUUGACACUUGGAGCUUAUAAACAUGAAACUGAAUUUGCAGAACUUGAAGUGAAAACCAGGGAAAAGCUAGAAGCUGCUAAAAAGAAGACCAGCUUUGAAAUUGCAGAGUUUAAAGAGAGGUUGAAAGCAAGUCGUGAAGCCAUCAACUAUUUAAAGAGUGAAAUUAAAAAGAUUGAAGAAGAUGACCAAGGAAAGGAGACAUGAAUACAAUUUGCUUUAAAUGAACUAAAAAUCUUGGAACUCUUAAGAAGCAUAACUAAAUUUCCAAAAAAUA